AUGCACCAUAAUCUUACCAUCCAAAAAACCAACUUUAGUUUCAUAGUAGCUAAGUUCGAUUCUAGUAACUUACGCAAUGUCAUCUGCUCGGUAAGCUAUGAUCCUCCAUCAUUAUCUUCGAAUGAAUUCCAUCUGUAUGGUGUGGAAAUUGAUAGUCCGGGAUCCUUAGAUUUUGUUAUUCAGUUUAUGGAUUCUUGUAAUGGUUUGGUUUGGUUUUGGAGUGAUCAGAGAGAAUUCUUUGGUCUUUGGAAUCCCAACAAUAACGAAUACAAGGAAUUACCCAAAUCGCCAAAUAAACCCGUGGAUCAGAAUACUUUUGCAUAUGCUUUUGGUUAUGAUUGUGAUUACAAAUUGAUAUGUUUGUAUGACAAUGACGAUGAUGGUUCUUUAGUUGAUGUCUAUACUAUGGGACCUAAUUCGUGGAAAAACAGCACUCAAGUUGUCCUUUAUGAGAUAAGUAUAGAUGGCGAGUCUGCGGUAGAGGCUGGGGUGCUUGCUAAUGGAUUUUUCCAUUGGCUAGGGAUGAUGGAGGAUUAUGGAGUUCAAGAGUCUUUGACCAGACAUUAUACAAUAAUCCCUGGGAUGGAUAGAAAAUACUGUGGCUUGCAGCCUACGUGGAUUUUCAGCAGUGGUGAGAUACUAUUCGCGAAUUGUGGACCUUAUCUUACCGAUCUACUUUUGUAUGACCCAAAGGAUGGAAGUGCUAGAGAACCAAAUAUGCAGAGAGCAAAAUAUUAA